AUGGCCCUUCAGUGCCUCCUGGAUCAAGUCGGAGGCCUGGGGAGAUUCCAGAUCCUUCAGAUAAUUUUCCUUUGUAUCUCCAGCCUCGUAGUGAAAACUCAUAUUUUAUUGGAGAACUUCACUGCAGCCAUCCCUGGUCACUGCUGCUGGGUCCACAUCCUUCACAAUGACACGGUCUCUGCUAACAGCACUGGGAUCUUCAGCCAAGAGGUACUCCUAAGAAUCUCCAUCCCACUGGACUCAAACACGAAGCCAGAGAAAUGCCAUCGCUUCAUCCAUCCCCAGGGGCAGUUCCUUCACCUGAAUGGUACCUUCUGCAACACGAGUGGGCCAGACAUAGAGCCCUGUGUGGAAGGCUGGGUGUAUGACCAAAGCUUAUUCCCUGCCACCAUUGUAAUUGAGUGGGAACUGAUAUGUGAAUCUCACAAACUCAAGGAGGUGGCCCAGUCUCUCUUCGUGGCAGGCACAGUUAUUGGGGGGAUCGUGCCGGGAAAUCUAUCUGACAACUACCGGUUUGGCCGCAAACUGACCCUGACCAGCAGCUACCUGCUGCUGGUGGCCAGUGGUUCCUGUGCAGCCUUCAGCCCCAACCUCCACGUCGACAUGAUCUUCAGCUUCCUGAGUGGCUGCAACACAGGCAUGGCCCUGAGCCCCGUUAUCUUGAGUGUCGAGCGUGUGUCCAUCCAGACGCGGGCCAUCAUAUCAACUUUACUUGGUUACUUCUAUACCAGCGGUCCGUUCUUUCUGACGGAUCUUGCCUAUGCCAUCCGCCAGUGGCUCUGGCUACAGUCAACCGUGUCCAUUCUCUUCGCCUUCUUCCUGUCGUCAUGGUGGAUACCAGAGUCUGUACGUUGGAUGGUCCUGUCUGGAAAGUUCUCAAAGGCUCUGAAAAUACUCUGGCAGGUUGCUGCCCUCAAUGGCAAGAAGGAAGAGGAAGAAAAACUCACCGUGGAGGAGCUCAAACGCAGCCUGCAGAAGGAGAUCUCCUUGGCCAAGGCCAAGUACAGUGUAGCUGACCUCUUCCGGACACCCGACCUGUGCCGUGUGACCUUCUGUCUUUCCCUGGCUUGGUUUUCUACUGGUUUUGCCUACUACAGUUUGGCUAUGAGUGUGGCAGAAUUUGGAGUCAACCUCUACUUCCUCCAGCUCAUCUUUGGUGGGGUUGACUUCCCGGCCAAGUUCAUCCACUUCCUCUCCAUAAACCAUCUGGGCCAACACAGCACCCUGGCCAGUGGUCUACUCCUGGCAGGAGGGUGCAUCCUGGCUCUCAUCUUUUUGCCCUCGGACUCGCCGACCCUGAGGACAGCCCUGGCUGUGUUUGGGAAGGGAUGCUUGUCCAGCUCCUUCAGCUGCCUCUUCCUCUAUUCGAGCGAGCCGUACCCCACGGUCAUUCGGCAAACAGGCAUGAGCAUUGGCAACUUGGGGACCCACAUGGGAAGCAUGAUGGCCCCGCUGGUGAAGAUCACAGGGGAGUGGCAGCCCUUCAUCCCCAAAGUCAUAUUUGGGACCAUCACCUUCCUGGGAGGCAGGGCUGCCCUCUUCCUGCCUGAGACCUUCAAUCAGCCCUUGCCAGAGACUAUUGAAGACGUGGAAACCUGGUCAGUCCUGGUGGCAAAGGAACCAAAGCGGGAACCAGAAAUGGAAAAAACAUCCCAGAGGAUCCCUCUGGACCAGGCCUGGACCCCAGCUGAGGGCAACUGA